AUGCCGCCGCGACGCGCGAACAAGACGAAGGCUCAGAGGGCCUUCGAGCAGGAGAAGGCCAGGGUCGGGCAGAUCCUGUUUGAACGAGGCGAGGUACCUCCACCGAAAGACGUCUUCGACGAAGCGUGGCUGCGGCAAUGGAACGCCGACGAAGCCCUCUUGGCGCGAAAGCCAGAGAUCCUCCAGAUCCUGCUUGGCCGAGGCGAGGCGCCACCUACGGGUGGCAUGACAAUCCCGUGGCUGCAGACGUGGGACGCUGCGGAAGAUGCUCGCGUCAAGGCCGAAGCAAAACGUGAGGAGCACGCAAGGUACAACGCCAAGCGUAAGGCGUCACCCGAACGUGACAAUCGCCUGCGAGAGGCAAAGAAUGCGAAGCGGCGUGCACAAACGACCGGGGACGCAGGUACUCAACAUGCGGCGGCUCAACCGGUCGUGGCUCAGCCGAUGGUAGCGGAGGGAGACGGCGAAAACCUCCAGGCCCUGAAGGCAGACUUCGUGCGCGUCGCCAAACUGGAAGCCGAAUACGCCAUGUUCUACGGCACCAAGGCAUACAGAGACGACGUUUCUGAUGCCGACGAUGACAACGACGGGCCGCUCCUGGACGACUUGAGCGACGAUGAGGACUUUCCUGAGGCCUCCGAUGAUCUCACAGAGGAUCUCGGCCCUCCUCAGAAGAAGCAGAAAACCGAGGGGCAACAAUCCUCGGUCACAGAUUCAACCAAGAAGCCCGCUGACGAGAUUCGUGUGAAACUUGUUGGUUGGAAGCGAAAGGGUAACGCACGAAAGGCCCUUGCGCAGCAAAGAGCUGCAAAGUUGUCCAGCACGAGUGACUGCGCGAUUUUCGAAGAGAUCGGAAACGGGCUUCAAGAUGAGGACGAAGUCCUUGAUGAGAGUGAGAAGAAGGCGACUGUUCAGAACCUACCACUCAGGUUCCGGAUGAGUUCUGAUCCACGACUGGGAGUUCCCGCGGUCGACGCUGCUGUCGACUUCGAGGACAAGGAACGGCUCGAACGUUUCGAAGAGACCGCCCGCAACAUCAUCCGUUUCCUCAAGACCACCGCCAACGAAUUUUUGGAACUUCCCAAAAGCGUUAAGCGAAGGACAUGGAAACCAAUGGUUUCAGGGAUGCUCACAAUGCUGCGGAACGCAUCUGAGGAAUAUCUGCUAGAAUGUCUUUUCAGCGGCAUUGACGACUCAGUGCGUUCCACUCUCGGAAAGCCUGACUUCACGGUUGACGACCUCGUGAACUUACCUGGAGGGUCGGUCGACCAGAACAUUGAAAAAGGUGUCUACGUCGACAUCUUACACAUUAUGCACGGUAGCCGGCAGAUUCAGCAGCUGUAUGUCGGUGCUGCUACUGGAAAGUUCGGGCUUGCUCAGCGGUGGAAUCAGUAUCUGACGAAGAAGCUUAGCAAGGAGACAGGCAAGCACGCUCUGGAGGUGAUGAAGAGCGAUUCGACUGUAUGCCUUCGCGCUCUUGCACGUUACGGUCAAACUCCAUAUCCAUGGCUAGUUUGUUUGGCGGAGACUUUCUUCAUGCUCUACCUUGGAACCAUCGAGGAUCCUGGUCACCGUCCCGAUCCCGGUCAUUGCAAAGAGCCCUUCAUCAAUGACACUCUAUACAAGAAUGUUCGGGAAUGUAGGCGCUUCGCAGGCCUAACAUCUCGCAUUGCAGUGGGCCUGAACUCGACGUGGUCCCUUUCUCAGGGGUAUCGCUACUGGGUCGCGUACGCCAAAUCGGCUUGCGGCAACUGCUCUAGGAAGAUCGUACCACGAAAAGAUCCGUUGUGGGAACCAAUGGCAUUCGUGUCUAUCAACCCUGAGCGUCCAGGAGAAGAAGUGGAAUGCCGAAACUGCAUGGCGUACCGCAGGAGAAUGGGAGUCAACCGUCCGCUGCGCGAAGAGAAGAAGCUCAUGCAUCGAAAGACCGUACGAACUCCAAAGUUGUGUCAGGGGCCCAACUGUACUAAGGAGUUACUAAUGCCGGGCGAGGUUGAGGUACACUUCCACAAGUACCAAUCCAACGACCAGAGGUCACCAUAUCAAUGUCCGGUGACUGGGAAGCAUGUACCCAGGGUCUUCCAGAAUGACAGGGUGCUCCAAGGCCGCUGCUAUUGGGUAUGUAAUUCGUGCUCAACCAGUAAGAUGGGAUUUGCAUCCCAACUCUCUGGAAAGAGAGUAGGUUACAGCUACGCCGCCGCCGCGUACAAGAAGAGGCAGGCUUCCAGCAGUGAGGCCAGCUAG